GAAAUGGGUUUCUAUCAGUCCAGAUCUGUCACCUAUUGAAACUUUGUGGCACGAGAUGAAAAAGGUUCUACUUCUACGACAACAUCCUGCUCGUACAAUCACCGAACUGAGACAAAACCAUCAAGAAAUAUGGGAUUGUUUUACAACAAAUUUUUGCCAAAACUUGGUUAACACUAUGCCCCAAAGAAUUUCAGCCGUCUAAGUGAUUUCAAAUAUGUAUUUUUUAC